AUGAAGCUCGCCAUCCUCGUCUUGGCCCUGGUGGCCACCAGCGCUUCGGCGUGCAACAUCAGCGUCACCAUCAACUUACUGGGCAACAUCAUGCCCUGCAUCAACAGCUUUAGCAACGAAGUCUCCGAGUGUGAUUCCAUCCGUGACCGCGACUGCAUCUGCCCUCUCCUUGAAGAUUAUCUGGAGUGCACUGUGGACCAGUUUGCCCAGGUUGACGGCUGCAUUCCCGAGGGUGUUUCCAAUGCCAUGCGCAACGUGUUCAGCAAUGCCACCCAGGAGCUCUGUACCUUCCGUUUGCGCUUCGAGAUUGAUGUGUCCGUGAAUGUUCCUGCUAACUUUGAAGCCUUUACCGAGGUCCAGGCCCGCGCCUUUGGUCGCACCAUCCUCGUGACAGGUGGCGUUGAAAACUUGGAGAAUGGCGCUUUUGCUGUCAGCUGGAGCCGCGGCGACGAGAACCGUGUCAUGUUCAAGGUGACCUAUGUUGGUCUUGUGGCCCCCACGACGGUCCAAAUGCAGACCACUUACAACGACGUGGAUUACCAGAAUGACGAGGGCAACAGCGACAAUGACAAUGUCGAGGCCGAGGAUGUGACCAUGAGCUCGAGCGUGAGCGAUGGCGAAGACCCUGAUGGUGGUAGCGCUAGUGCCGCAGUGCCGGCCUUGGCCCUCGGCGCGGCUCUCAUGGGCGUUCGUUACCUUUAA